AUGAAAUUACCUCACGAUGAACUCAAAGAGUUCCAGCGCAUCCUACAGGAGAUAUACACCAAUAGAGAACGAUCUGAAUUAUCUGCCAAUAUCCCAGCGAACGUAGAUGAUGCAAAUAUUGCUGCCGAGAGAUUGCAACAGGAGAUCACAGACGCCAAACUUCUGUUAAUCUCAGUAAUAUCUGAGUUGAAACAAGAACUUCCACGUAUAUUCUCGGAGGUGGUAGCAAAGCCAAACUUUCUAAUCAUAGUGGAAUCUAUUGACCCCAAAAGUAAGAGCGAUGAUAUCAUGAAGCAAGUUAAGGGUGGAAUUGAUGUAGUUGAAUUGGGUUUUGGCAUCAACCAUAUUAAGAAAGCCAAGAACCAAAAUGUUGUAAUUGGUUGCGAGUCUGAAGGAGAUAGAAACACUCUCCAAGACAGACUCAAACGCACAACUGACAACUUAACAGUGUACAGACCAGUCAUCAAAAAACCAGCUCUUGCGUCUUACGGGAGUUGUCUUCGACAUGACAAAUAA